AUGACUCAUAAAACACCGCCCCGGCCCCGUGUGACGCAUGAAACACCGCCCCGGCCCCGUGUGACGCAUGAAACACCGCCCCGGCCCCGGGUGACGUAUGAAACACCGCCCCGGCCCCGGGUGACGUAUGAAACACCGCCCCGGCCCCGUGUGACACAUACUACACCGCCCCGUCCCCGUGUGACGCAUACUACACCGCCCCGUCCCCGUAUGACGCAUAAAACACCGCCCCGGCCCCGUGUGACGCAUGAAACACCGCCCCGGCCCCGUGUGACGCAUGAAACACCGCCCCGGCCCCGUGUGACGCAUGAAACACCGCCCCGGCCCCGGGUGACGUAUGAAACACAGCCCCGGCCCCGUGUGACGCAUGAAAUACCCUCUCAGCCCCGUGUGACGAAUGAAACACCGCCCCGUCCCCGUGUGGCGCAUGAAACACCGCCCUGGCCCCGUGUGACGCAUGAAACACCGGCCCGGCCCCGUGUGACGCAUGAAACACCGCCCCGGCCCCGUGUGGCGCAUGAAACACCGCCCCGGCCCCGUGUGGCGCAUGAAACACCGCCCCGGCCCCGUGUGGCGCAUGAAACACCGCCCCGGCCCCGAGUGGCGCAUGACACACCGGCCCGUCCCCGUGUGGCGCAUGAACACCGCCCGGCCCUGUGUGACAUGAAACACCGGCCCGGCCCCGUGUGA